AUGACUUGGCCAUCCCCGCGUUCAUUGGUCGGUCCAUUCGUCGUAGAUUUCACAACACCAAACUAUAAUCACAUUCAUAUAGAUUAUGCCAUCUUUGCUCAUCCCAACUUUGACGCGAACGAGUAUGCGAACGCGAUAUUAGGAGCACAACCAUAUCGACUUCCUCCGUUUCAACCACCAUCCCAAACCCAAACCCAGCCGCCACAGCAUGUACGAUCCUCGUCCGUAGCCACCAUCGUCCCCACCGACACGACUAAACAAGGUACCAAUGCCAGUAUUGCUGGCUCAUCUACGCUAACAGCGAGUGGACCAUCGUUGGCGAGCGUGAUUUUGGACGCGAGCGGUACGAACAAGGAAGAGAUUUCAGUCGCCUUGGCCAAGUUGAGUUUUGGCGUGGACGAUGUCAAUCGCCAGCUCAAGAACGUUAUCAAUGUGCACCAUGAAGCCUUACUUUCCCGUGCGGCCUCGGUAAACCAGCUCGAAGGCAGCUUGAACAAUGUGAAUGCAGGGUUGAAAGAUAUCUCGGGGAGCGUAUCAAGACUACGGACGAAAUUGUCAAAUCCGUAUGCGGCGUUGAGGACGCACGCUACACGACUGCAAAAGCUUCAAGUGGCUUCGGAUGUAUUACGCCGUGUCGCGAGAUUCUUCAUGCUCAGUCGGAGACUAGAAGUCCAGAUGGCACUAAUCAAGCAAGGUCCGACUUAUACAGAAUCAAUCGUCAAGUCACCUACGAACACAAAGGCGGAUCUCAUCAAGAGUCCUACAUCUCCCGAUACUCCACGGUUGGAAAAAGAAGAUGACCUGGAAAAGGAGAGGGAACGGACGAUCAUCAAGGCGGCACUCAGCGUUGCAGAAAUCUUCGACUCGGACCUGAAGCAGGAUGAAGAUGGAAAUCUACAAAACCAAUCCGACGUACACUUGGACAAAGAUGUGGAGGAGUCGGUGGAUCACGAAGAUGAUUUACCGACAGAACUCCCACCCAUCUCGUUACGAGCGUUACAUGUCAUUUCGUCGCACCUUCCCAAUGUCGAAACAGCUAGGGAGCAGAUCAUGAGCGAGAUGGAAGCCAUGUUGGUCACCGGCGUCCAAGAGCUUAAUCGCCCAUUGUUAUCAUCUGCCCUGCUCACGGCACACAACUUGCGCAUCCUACCCGAGACAGUACAGAAUCUCCUCGGAGAUUUGAUAGAAGUCGUAGAAGCAAGAGUAAAAGGAGCCUUUGAUAUGGCUGCCUUGAGCAAGGAAAAGGGUGUCAAAGACGUGUCGGCUGCGGUAUCAGCUGCGUCUACAUUGCUGUACAAAUCGCGUGUACGCACAGAGCCGACAAAUCUCACCGCCCCUCAAUGGACGAAUGCGUUUUGGGUUUACACUCUAGAAAAGGUGCUCGUGGCUCAAAAAGAUGCAUCUACUGGGAGGCCGUUCUUGGACGAGGUGAUGCAAGUGCUGGAGAACAAACCAAGCUCGUCAUUCUGGAGCAUUCUAGCUCGAACAUUAGAAAAGAGUUGUCGAGAGGGUGCCAAAUCUCAGUAUCCUCGACUUCUCCGACUCUUCCAAGACUUUUUCUCUCGUAUCUCGGUUCAUACUGAGACCGUUUACACUCAAGCACAUCAGUCACCGGAGACAGUUAUCACCUUACGAGCUGUCUCUACUUUCGAAUCGUUGUACCUUCAGCGUUCCACCACUCGACUUAAUGAACUCAUCAGCUCUGCUUUUGCGACUUCACCCGCGGCAUACUUUGGAGGCAGUAACUUUGUCACUAGCGGUGGCUAUAUGUCCACCAGCAUUGCCAGUACAAAGUCACUGCCUGGUGAGAAAGAUGGCUUAGCCAUUGCCAGGGUGGUGGCCAAUGAGCUCGAUGCCUCGCGCUUCGAUCCACUGCUGGUCAUGUCAACUGCAAGAGGGAUCGCCAAGUGCCUGGAGACGAUGGGCUCACGAGUGGACAACCUGGUCGUCAAAGACAGAAGUGCCACUACUCUCAUAGGGCCCACUGUUACCGUACAGCAAAUUUUGAACGCGUCCAUUGUCAAUGCACUGUACCAUUGCUGGCUGCAACUCUCCAAACUCCCAGAAGGCUACUCGGAUGGCGUUGCAAAGAUCCUCGAGCCGGCAGUCCAAGCUUUACGUGCUACUUUCUCGCGUAUCACCGAUCCCCUCUUGAGCUCCAUUCGACUAGACAUCAGUUCUAUCAUCUCGCGCGUCCACCGGAUCGAUUUCGCUGAAGAAGUGGAUCCAAUGGCUGAGAUGGGUGGAACGAGUGGCUACCUCAAGGAACUGGCCGACAAGCUUGCAUAUGUUCGAACCGAGGUCUUGUCCAAAUAUAAUCUCGGUGAACUAGGACAAGACUGUGAAAGUGGAAAGCUACAGUUGACAGCAGACAUGACCCAACUAGAAUUCGCUCUUGAUUCUCUAAUGAAAGCAGGAGUCGCACAAGGAUCGACCCCACAAAACUGGUCAAUAGAUGUCUUGGGCGCUGACUAUCGCGCAAUUCGUGGAAUGAGGUACAAUGCCAUCCUCCUGCUUCUCAAUACUAGAUCUCAUCUCCAAACAUCGGGAUUGCCGCCUCUCGUUGUCCUUCAUCAUAUAUUGGUGCGGUCACCCCUGCCAUUACCUCAUAGAUUGCAUGGUUGGCAAGAGCCACAAUACGUUCGCUUUGUCGAGGAACACACUGAUGAGGACAACGAGAGGCGGCAAUCCCGAU